AUGGAUAUCACAAUGACCCGUCAUUUUAGCUUAGAUGAGUCGUCAAUGAGAAGUGGAGCGUUAGUGGCAAUGGAGGCGGAGCCGGACCUCAGUACUUUUGAAAACAAAUCCGGACUAGCUGAAGACAUGAAGUUUCUUGCCUCUAUGCCUGAACUCUGUGACGUUACAUUUCUUGUUGGAGAUACUCGAGAACCAGUAUGUGCAGUCAAAGCAGUAUUGGCAGCUCGUAGCAGAGUUUUCCAAAAAAUGCUUUAUCAAGCUCCGAGUCCACAAAGAAAAAAAGAACCAGCUCCUCGAGAAAACAAGUUGAGACUAUUUUUAAAGAGAUCAUCAGAACCUCUUCUUAAUCUUCAGAAUGCCGCUCAACAGAGAUCGACUUUCGCGCAGCAAUUGGCCCCAAUUCAAGAGCCUUCUUCACAGCAGCAUCAGACUCUAAUCAUAGAAGAAUUUGAGCCUGAUGUUUUUCGUCAACUUAUCGAAUACAUUCAUACCGGCUGCGUCACUCUACAGCCAAGAACAUUGUUAGGAGUAAUGAACGCCGCCGAUUAUUAUGGUUUGGAUGAACUACGCCGCGCUUGCGCUGGUUUUGUGCAAUGCUGUAUCACUGUUGAUACAGUCUGCGCUCUUCUAGCAUCUGCAGAGAGAUACAUACAAUACAAGUGUACCAAAUCUCUGGUUCAGAAGGUACUAGAGUUUGUAGAUGAACAUGGCAAUGAUGUGUUGAAUUUGGGUUCAUUUACCCUGCUUCCACAGCAUGUUGUCAGGCUUAUUUUGGCACGAGAUGAGCUCCGAGCAGACGAGUUCACGAAAUUUCAGGCUGCGCUCAUGUGGAGUAAAAAGUAUUGUGAUACAAAUCCAAACAUGAUUUUAAAAGAUGUUAUCGGAAAUUUUUUGGAAUAUAUACAGUUUCAUAAGAUUCCAGCAAAUGUUUUAAUGAGAGAAGUUCAUCCUCUGGGAUUGGUCCCCUACUCUAUUAUUAUGAAUGCUUUAGCUUAUCAGGCAGACCCGGCCAGCGUAGAUCCAGGCAAACUCUCUCCUGCGCGAAUCCGGCGCGCUGGCCGUUCCAUGUCCGUUCAAUCAUCGCUUGACCCCUACGGCUCAAACACCACCCUUUCCUCGACCGGAUCGAGCGAUGCUAGCAAGAAAUUUGCUGAGCGCCGAUCUCCAACACCCAAAACAAGAGAACCUCGUUCAAAAUCAGACUCAAUUAAGCAUGCCGCUUUAACAAGACAGAUCUCUGAGACAGUGGCAGCCUCAGGUGAUCCAACUUUUGAGCGUUGUAGACCGAGAAAACGUGAUAGUGAAACAGAGUUUCCCGUGCGGAAAUCAGCUUCAGAAGUUUCAGAAAGUUUUCCAUUUGUGAGAAGAGCGCUGGCGGAAAUAGAAAAUGGUCUUAAUUAUUUUAGACGUUCGAUAACUUCAGAUGCAACGGAGACAAAAACUCCAACUCAGAGAACUGAACCAGUGGUAGUGGUUGCAGCUGCUGAGGAUGAUACACCAGUAUCACCUCCACCACCGAUGAGCCUUAAAGAACGCCGUGGAUCGCGAGGCUCUCCAUGUGCAAAUCUUCCUCCGCUAAUGUUGCCACCGACAACACCUGAACCUUCACCAGGUCAUUUGUCGCCGAGUCGGAUUUCACCACAAAGACCAAAAGAACCAUUAUCUGCUCCUGUGAUUGGACAUCCUCCAAGACGAACUCGAACCAGAUCAGAAAUGCCAUCACAACCUCCACCGCGUUCUCCAGAAACACCACGGCCAGCGUCUGUUUCGCCAAAACAUACCUUUGCUUUUAAAAUUGUUCUGAAGAAAGUAGAAAGCACUCCGAAUACUUCAUUCGAUAUACCAGAACAAUGA